AUGAACGAGACCAUCAUGCCACACUUCGUGUUCCGCGCCUUCGCCCUGCUGAUGUCCGUGAUCGUCCUUUCUGCCUGCAGCAGCCAGUUCGUCGGAGACAACCGCCACAUGGUGCCGCUUAGCCCCGACACGCUGCAGCGCCUCGCUGCCAUGGGAUCGUCGCCGUCCGAGCCCAUGGUCAUCCGCGUCUACAAGCAGACCUCGGAGCUGGAGGUCUGGAAACGGACGUAUACCGGCAGUUAUGCCUUGUUCAAGACCUAUGAGGUCUGCAACUGGUCUGGCGAGCUCGGACCCAAGUUCCGCGAAGGCGAUUACCAGUCCCCCGAGGGCUUCUACGACGUCACGCCCGCGCUCAUGAAUCCGAAAUCCUCCUACUGGCUCUCGUUCAACGUGGGGUUCCCUAACAAAUUUGACGAGGCCUGGGGCCGCACGGGCACGAACCUGAUGAUCCACGGCGACUGCAAGUCGGUCGGCUGCUAUGCGGUAACGGACGAUCAGAUUAAGGAAAUCUACGCCCUGGCGCGCGAGGUCUUCUCGGGGGGCAAUCGGUCGUUCCAGGUGCAGUUGCUGCCGUUUCGCAUGACGGACGCCAAUAUAUCGGCCAACGCUUCGAGCCCCCACGCCUCCUUCUGGACCAACCUCAAGGAAGGCACCGAUGUGUUCGAGCGGACACGACAACCACCCGACUGGGAUGUGUGCGAGAAACGCUACGUAUUCAACCGAAACGAUCCGCGCACCAAUCCCCUCGACCCGUUUGGAGCCUGCCCAUCGGUUGCCGGCGGUCCGGUGUAG